UGUUGUUUGUAUUGCUACUCGGUGAACGGAAGCUCCACGGAACAAAAAUGGAUAUGAAUGGUUUGAACGUUACUUUAAUUCCGUUGCUUGCGGUAGUAAAAAUAUUACACUGGUUCGUGUAGUUUCUGACACACUGACAUACGGGUUACAUGAAAAGGUCGUACGUGGAACACCUCUUUGUUUACACUGCAGCAUAUGGUUAGUUUCUUUAGUGAUGGAGUCACAAUGCGAGUACUUCAUGUAUUUCCCUGCCGCUCCAAUAUCCAGUCUGUCAGACCCGGCGGAGUACACAACUAUCCCGCGACGAAAGCACGUCUACCUCGGGGAAGUGGUGCAGUUCCUGCUGGUCCUGCGAUCCCGGAAGGCGGCGGGGAAGGAUGACAGCUUCGGUGCUUUACCGUGGAAGGAGAUGGUGAGUUCACUGUCUGCUCAGGCGAGUGUGUGCGUCGCAGAGAGCCGUGUGCAGAGACCGAGCGAGUACCAGCCCGACAUCGAGAGCACCUGCAGCGCGGACAGCGGGGAAGAGGAGCCCGGGGAGGACAGGGAGUCUGGAGGAAAGAGACCGGACAGUACCCGGAUUUUCAUACAGUGCACCCCGCAUCUCACCCACAACAGCUCCGCCAGAGAUGGGCUACAGUGUGGGAAGGAACCAGUGAAGUCCGCUCUGGUUUUGGAUGACCAGGUUGUCUUCUGUCUCACCGUCUCUUUGGACAAGCUUCCAGUCAACACGCUUAAAGCCAAGAUCGUAGUGACUGUGUGGAGUCAUGAGGAGGAGAAAGUGGAGGUGAGGGAACAUGGCUACCUGACCCUUCUACAGCUCAAGAGUCCACUUCACACCUUCAGACAGGACCUCAGCACCUUCAAGGCACAGGUCAGCACCAUCAUGAAUGUUCUACCACCUCCCAGUGUCCAGUGUCAGCACAUGGGUGUCUCUGGAAAACACCUGACUCUUGUCAAAGUGUCGAACUGCAGCUCUCAGGAUGAGGUGUGUGUCAGAGAUGUGAAGAUCGUUCCCAACUAUAACUCCUCCUACCUCCCCAUGAUGCCCGAUGGUUCAGUUCUGAUAGUCGACAAUGUCUGCCACCAAUCAGCUGAGGUCACCGUGGCUUCGUUCUACCGGAUAGACAGCGGGUCGUCGCGUUUACCCAGCAUGCUCAGCGCCCUUGAGGAACAGAACUUCCUGUUCCAGCUGCAGCUACAAGACACAGCAGAGGAGGACUCCAGUGAGGGUCUGGAAGUCCCGCUUGUGGCUGUGUUACAAUGGUACACUCCGUCGCUGCCUUUAACCAGAUACAUCUCUAGUUGUUACUCGUUGCCUAGCAUCCGCUUGGAUCGUCCUCGGCUGGUGAUGACAGCUUCCUGUCCCAGGGCUGUCCGGCCUCUGGAGCACUUCUGGGUCAAAUACACCCUGCUCAACAACCUGCAGGACUUCCUGGCUGUCCGUCUGAUCUGGAAUGCUGAUGCAGAUCGCGGAGGCCAGCAGCACCAUGGUGGGGGGGCGGUGGUGUGCCAGUCCCCCCUGAACAACCUGGGUCAGUGCAGGAAGGGCUCCACCCUCUCCUUCACCGUGGCCUUCCAGAUCCUCAGGACCGGACUCUUCGAGCUGAGCCAGCACAUGAAGCUGAAGCUCCAGUUCACGGCCUCGGUGUCCACUCCUCCGGUGGAGCCUCGCUCUCCGUCAUCAUCCAGCCCGGCGGUCCGAGAGCUGCUGGAGCGACAGAGCCUGGGCCGCUCUCAGAGCUUCUCACACCAGCAACCCUCCAGAGCGCACCACGUCAGGUCAGGCAGUGUGAUGGUGCAGCGGACCAUCACCCCUCCUGUAGGACCUCCGAUGGGGAGGGGUCUGUACCUGCCCCCUGAAAACAGUACCUUCUCACUGGGAAAAAUAGCCAAGAGAGAGUGUAAGGUCCUGGUGAUGGAACCAAUGCAAGACACACACUGCAGAUGACCCAGGGAGCAACAUUUUUACUGCAGACACACAAAAGGGUUCAACACUCUGUCAAAGCCGACUCUGAAGGAGACAUGACGUGGAUGGAGUGAUGGACGGAAGAGCAGAAAGGGGGGUGGUGAAGGUGAUGGAGUGAUGCUGCUGGCCUUAGAAGAAAAAGAAACCCCCGUGGAGCCGCAACCGUUCUUCAUUUCAUUGGUUUAUCAUUUCAAUUUCUUCUGGUUUUUACAUUUCCUUCAAGCUAUCAUUCCAUUUUACUCAUUGGGUUAUCCUAUCUCUGUGAAUUCUGUUAAUAUUUAUACUUAAUAGUACACAACCUUGAUCGUUUUUUCAUGGCAGCUGUUUUUUUCUUGUAGGAUCUAAUCAGGAAACCCACCAUUUCCUGCUUUUGUCAGGUCUGGGAGCACAAACAAUGCUGAACAGUAGUCUCUUUUAUAAAUAACAGUCUACCUUUUGUGAAAUACACUGAUUGCCAUAACACACAGAGAAUGUGAGAUUGCUUUCUUUUGGACUUGGUGGAUUUAGUAAAAAAGCCAACAAAGUCAGCUGGACUUUGGUUGGAAAAAUCCUAACGGGACAGGUUGACCAAGCCAACUGUUUAAUAAAAUGUAUGUACCGUGUCGAUCACACAGCUAUGGGGUUGAUGGAAGGUGUAUUUUAUUUAUUGUGACGGAGCUAAGCUAGCUACUUCCAGUUUGUGUGCUAAGCUAAAGUUCUGAAACUAUCUUUGUGCUUAACCUACUGAUGUAAAACUUGAUAUACCUAAUUACUUCCAAUCCAUAUUCAUAGAUUCAAAGUUUUUGAACUGGACUACUGACAUAUCAUAGGUGUGCACUGGAUGACAGAUGCAUCUUAACUGAAACUUGAAGGGCUUUUUUGCACCUUUCCCCACAGGAAGUCUUUUUUCAAAGAAGGAAACAUUUUUGAAUGAAUGUGAUCCAGCUCUGGCCUGACACUGGCCGAAUCAUGUAAGUGUUAUUGUAUAUAUUUAUUGUUGAGUUGGAGUGUUAAUAUUCAGGUUUUAAAUGUGUUUUUGUCUUUUAUUUGACCCUUAUACACUCCAUUGUCGGUGCACAGGGUGGUCUCCUUAUUUCAAUAUCCAGUCAGUAUAAUGUGUGGCUCAUGUCUGAAGGGGUCCAACUGAUCCACACCCCGAGCAUUUUAUUAAAGAACUGAAAGUAAGACUGAUCAUUUUCUAUAGGGUAUUUCCUUUAGGAGACACCACAGGGUGCUUUGGGACACAUCCGUGUUAUUGCGAUCUUAUGAUAAAGGAAAGAGGAACCUUGUAUUGUAAUUCUUUGAGUAUUUUAGUUGUUUGUUUCCAGAAGACAUUACUCAAAAAGAGUGGGAAAGUCUUGACAAGAAAAACUGACAUAAUUAUUAUUUAUUAUUGAAAAGGUUAUUGUUUCUAGGUGUGGAAUUGUUUGACUUGUUCCACAAUGUUCAAAUGUUGUUAGCUGACCUACUGUGAUUCACUAAAAAGUCUGACAAAUAAUUUGAUAAUUGUAUAUUCAGUCAACAAUAUUGGCCCAAUAAUAAGUACCAAAGUCAGUUACUUUCUAGGAAAUGACUAGAAACGUUGGAGCCAUUAUAAAAAAAAAGUACCAUAAUAACAGAAAUGGUUGUCACUGAUUUAUAUUCCAAUGCCAAAAUAAUAAUUUCCUAAAUCCAAUUUAUUUAGAAUAAUAUGACAUUAGUUUUAUGCUUUUUCUUGCAGCUUGUUUACAGAUGUGAAUAUCAUCUGGAGAGUGAAUGUAAAUAUUAGGACUACAAAAACCCUGCUUGUGGCCGAUAAAGUGUCGGCAAGAAAGACCAAUGUGCUGAUGAUCUACUGUAAAGAAUUACUAGAAAGUGCUAAAGACAAACAAAGCUGUUUUUUAAGAAGAAAGACCAAGGAUCAUCCCCCUGAGAGCGUGACUGUAUGUUAAAGAGAUGUCAUAUCUACCAUAAAGACUUGGAGAUGAAGUGUUGUGUGGCAAAACCUUGAGAGGGUUCAUCCUCUGGGGAGCAUAAAUGUGCAAAAUCUGUAAAUGUCUUUGCCGUUACUCUGCUCAUUAGAGGCGGAUGUUUCUUAAGUUUUAAGAGAAGUUCAUCCUCUGAAACAAUGAAUGUAACCAGCACAUGUUCUGUAAAUCUGAUUUGUCGGUGUGUCAGUGUGUCAGUUGCAGGGAGUUUUGAGAUGACAGACACAAGGUCAUAAAAAGGGAUCAAUAAAAUUGAAGGAUCUUCCAAAACCUCAUGGAUAGCAAGUGAGUUGUUGAGUUAAAGAAUGUGUGUAUUUGAUCAUCCCAGUGUUAAAGCUACCACACAUUUUUAGACAUAUUGAGAUCAUCCACAUUUGUAUGACCACUUUCAACACUGUACUGAUCUUGAACCUCCUUUUCAAAACACUGGAUCAAUUAGAAAGUCACAUAUUCAGUUUGCUAGUAAGCUUAUUGUUUUGUAAGCUGUUUGGGAUCUUCCAUUUUCCUGCCUACAUGGUAAAUAAAGUACUGCUGGGUAA